AUGUCGUCCAGUGAUUUACAUUUCGAUGUAAAAAAAGUUGAUGUUAAAAAGGCUGAAGAAUACUUAAUGAUCAACAAAGAAUUCCAUUCAAUAGGCUGUGAAGACAGCGGUGUAAUUGAACAUGAUGCCUGCAACAACAAGAUAUUUCUAUCAUCUGUCGAAACUUUGCAGUAUCGUUCGAGCAAUUUAUCCAAAAGUGAAUUAUCAGCAAAAUUCAUGGAUUUAGCAGAACUUGUUCUAGAAAAUAUGAAUUUAUUAUGUCAGCUAGAUUAUCUUGUGAGAAAAACACCGAUAGAGGAAACACGGGAUGUUGAAAUUAAGUUAUUGGUACAAAACUUAAUCUACCACAGUUCUCUUGAGGAAAGAGAUGAAUCUGAUGAUACAGACAUCGAAAUAUGCAUGUACGAUGACAUUCCACUUUCGCGCCUGGGCCUUAUCGCUGCAUUAAGUCAACUGCCUUUAACAAUUACUUCUACAAAGCACACAGCUGUCAUAUGCUCACUCUUCGUGGAACUCUGCCAUAAAGUCGGCCUCGAAGAUUAUGUUUAUUUAGUAUUUGUUUCAAAUGCUGAUAUAAACAAAUAUCCCUCUUUCUUCACUGAAGAGUUACGCUCUGGUUGUGUGGGAAUCGUCACAGAGAAAGCAGACAUAGACUCUGCCAUAGACACCUUCCUAUACGCGACACGCCGAUUUCCAUGGCAUAUUGAAACAAUAUACGUCCAGGAAUGUGUCCUCGAUCAAUUUAAGAAACGCAUCGAAUGGAAGACAAAGGAACCGGCUUCCGACGUUGACAAGAUGAUCAUCAAAUACUGCUCCUCAGUCAGGGUCUAUGAAGACAAAAUGUACCUUUUCGAGUUUGUAGGAAAUAUUAAAAAAAUCAGCAAAAAUUCAAUCAUAAUUGAAGCUUACAGAACAAACAAGGAACUAAUAUCUAUUAUGUCGGAAAUUAAAACUCUAGGCGUUUCGCUUUGGUCGAGCGAUGUCGCCGAGUCUAAUGAAAUAGCCUUAAAUAUAAAAGCAAACUUUGUUUGGAUAAAUGAUUUUGGUCGUUUCGAUGGUCCUCCAGUAGCUUCCCAGGCGUACUAUUCGUCAGUCUUCAAUUAUGCAGACGAACCAGACACACUAGUACAGGAAAUAGAAGAAAUCUUGAAAAUAAGAAACAGUUGGAAUAAAUUGGAUGUAAUUGACCGCAAUUUGAAGGUUUGGAAGGCGACCAGAACAACUCGAGCAGACAUCGAAGGUUCUAAACUGGAUAUCGUAUUCAAAUGCUCCAAUAACAGCACGACAAAUAUUGGAAACAAAAUAUGUACGGUCUUCAGAAUUCCAAUUAUAUUAUACGUCAAAACAAAAUCAUUGCAAGAUUUGUUAAAGCACAUGAACUUUAUUUUACAAGGCAGUGCGGUUAUUGUCCUUGUUGAAGAAUCGUCUGAAAGUGAUGCAAUUAUGAAAUACUGUAACGCAUUACAAAGUUGUGGAGCGCCCGUGGGUUUUACAUCUAUGGACGACGGUUUUAGAAAUCAAAUUCGAUAUGACACGAAAGUUAUUUGGUCCAGCAUUGGAACCAUAUUUGCAAAUUAA